AUGAAGCUCCUCUACCCCACGUCCAUCAAGCUCAACCUCGAGACGGAGCUCAAGGACCAGCAGCUGACCCUCGUCGCCUACGACCCCUCGGUGCUCAUCCCCGACGAGCACCUCGACGCCACCAUCCUCGUCGCCUGGACCAACACGGCCGCCAACCUGCAGCACGCCGCGCAGCACAUGCCCAACCUGCGCUGGAUCCAGUCCCUCGCCGCCGGGCCCAACGACGUCCUCGGCGCCGGCUUUGACCGCGCCCGCGUCACCGUCACCUCGGGCUCCGGCCUGCACAACCGGCCCGUCGCCGAGCACGCCCUCGGCCUGCUGCUCAACGCCGCGCGCCGCUUCUACGAGAUGCGCGACUACCAGGCGCAGAAGAAGUGGGCGGGCCACCUCCGUGGCGACCCGACGCACCCGGCCUACAUGUUCUCGACGCUGCGCGGCGCCAACGUCCUCGUCUGGGGCUACGGAAACAUUGCCAAGACGCUCGCGCCGCACCUCCAGGCCCUGGGCGCCACCGUCCGCGGCGUCGCCCGCCACCCCGGCACCCGCGACGGCGUCGAGGUCUUUGCCGAGGACAAGCUGCCGGAGCUGCUGCGCGCGACCGACGCGCUCGUCAUGAUCCUGCCCGGCUCCGACGCCACGCGCCACGCCCUCAACGCCGAGCGCCUCAGCCACCUGCGCGAGCACGCCUGGGUCGUCAACGUCGGCCGCGGCACCUCCGUCGACGAGGCCGCGCUGGUCGAGGCGCUCGAGAAGCACCAGAUUGGCGGUGCGGCGCUCGACGUCUUUGAGGAGGAGCCGCUGCCGGCGUCGAGCAAGCUCUGGGAGGCGCCCAACCUGAUCCUGUCGCCGCACGCCGCGGGCAACCGGCCGCUGGGCUCCGAGGCGCUCAUUGCCGAGAACCUCAAGCUCUUCCAGGAGGGCAAGACGAUGACCAACACGAUGCCGUGA